AUGGUGACGAGAUCUCGACACCAGGUUAUGUGUGACGUAAGCACACUGAUCUGUAAAUCCAGAGCGAUGCACUUCCUGAAGGCUUCACUGAUCCCAAAGCUGCUGAUUUCCAGACGGCAUUCGAGCUACGUGUCCCGAAUCAGAUUCCUGAUGAAGCUGAAAGAAAAUGAUCAGGCGUGUAGAGAAGCGCUGAGAUCUGGAAACCUGAUCCUUUAUCACAAACUCGCCCCUCUGCUGCAGAGGAACACGAGUGGGGUUUGCCAGCUCGCCCAGAUUCACACUCCAGAUGUUGAGAGAGUCCUGGAGAAGCUCGGAGGAGAUAAGCGGAUCGUUAACGAGGCAUGUCUGGUCGAAUGCAGCGACACUAACGAGCCUCGAUUCUGUCUGGAUCUGGGUGAUCUAGAGAAGGUCGGUGUGGAGAAGCUCUGCGGUGGAAACUUCAUGGAUCUUAGGAAAGCUUUUUUUGUGCUGACAGGAGCUGAAGCGCCUCUGGCAGCCAAAGGUCAGGCUCUCCUGCGGUGGCAUCAGACUCACGGCUUCUGCAGUGCCACGGGGCAUCCCACGGUCCGGAACCAGUCCGGCAGCCAGCGGGUGUGUCCCAGCAGUGGCAUCAUCUAUUACCCCCAAAUGGCACCGGUGGUGAUUGUUCUGGUAUCUGACGGCAGUAGGUGUUUGCUGGGCCGCCAGAGCAUCUUCCCUCCAGGCAUGUACAGCGCCCUGGCUGGAUUCUGCGACCUUGGCGAGACGAUGGAAGAAGCUCUGCGGAGAGAACUGGCAGAGGAGGUGGGUUUGGAGGUGGAGAGCGUCCAAUACUCCAGUACUCAGCACUGGCCUUUCCCACAGAGCUCCUUCAUGGUGGGCUGCCAUGCUACAGUUAAUCCACAUCAAACCCAGGUGAGUCUGGAUAAGACGGAGUUGGAAGAUGCUCGUUGGUGUAGUUUGGAGGAGAUCCAGGCAGCACUGAUGGUGAAUAAACCCCCUCGUGAUGCUACAGCCCAACCACCAGGGUUCUGGGUUCCUCCCAGCUUCGCUAUAGCCAACAAGCUCAUACAGGAGUGGGCCAAUCAGCAACAGUUUCAACGGAAAUAG